UUUGCAAAUGACAACACUGCUAUCUAUGUUUUUUGUGCCGCUGCCAAGCUUGGCAAAUAUCACUACCAGUUCUGUUCAGAAUUAAAGCGACUCAAAUUGUUAAUACGUGUCCGUGAAACUUCGUAUCUCAGUGAAACUAACGUGGAUUUAAAUAGUACUUCUUUGUUUAAACAAUAUUGUUCUAUUACUUUGCAAUGCCAACCCUUGAUUCGCUUCGUCGCUUUGAUGCAUAUCCUAAAAUUGAUAAUGAAUUUAGUAUUAGAACAAUUGGUGGUGCAACGUUAACAAUCAUCAGCGGUAUCAUUAUUAUACUACUUAUACAUUCGGAACUUAUGGUAUAUUUAACACCCACCAUCACUGAUGAACUGUUUGUGGAUGCUACCAGAGGACAGAAAUUAAAAAUAAAUCUGGAUUUCUACAUUCCCAGAAUAUCUUGCGAUUAUGUCUCAUUAGAUGCUCAAGAUGCAACUGGGGAACAACAUUUGCAUAUUGAUCACAACAUUUAUAAAAGAAGACUGGACUUGCAUGGACAGCCAAUCGAAAAACCAAAGAAAGAAGAUAUUCAAGCUCCGAAGAAAAAGAAUGAUACAUCAACAGUUGCGCCUAAAAAUGCUUGUGGGUCAUGUUAUGGAGCGGAAACAGAUACUAUCAAGUGUUGCAACACAUGCCAAGACGUAAUUGAUGCUUAUCGAAAAAAGCAGUGGAACCCAACACUAGACUCUUUCGAACAGUGUAAGCAUGAGGUUGCCGGAGAAAAACUGAGUCUUGAAGCAAAAGCUUUCAAUGAAGGGUGUCAAAUAUAUGGAUCCAUGGAGGUGAAUCGAGUGGGUGGUAGUUUUCACAUAGCACCUGGAAAAAGUUUUUCCAUCAGCCAUAUUCACGUGCAUGAUGUGCAGCCCUUUGCUUCUAGCAGAUUUAACACGUCCCAUAGAAUAAACACACUUUCGUUCGGAGAAGAGUUUGGAUUUGGACAAACCGGUCCGUUGGAUUCGACUGAACAGAUUGCAGAGGAAGGUGCCAUGAUGUUUCAGUACUACAUAAAAAUAGUUCCAACCGAGUUUGUUCCCAUUAAUGGACCUAAACUAUACACCAAUCAAUUUUCUGUAACAAAGCACCAGAAAAGUGUAUCCUUAGCAAGCGGCGAAACAGGAAUGCCAGGAAUUUUUGUGAAUUAUGAGCUUUCUCCCCUUAUGGUCAGAUUUACGGAGAAGAGAAGUUCAUUCAGUCACUUCGCAACAAAUUUGUGCGCAAUUGUCGGAGGAAUAUAUACUGUCGCAGGAAUAAUUGAUUCCUUACUGUUUACCUCAAUUCAUGCAUUAAAACGAAAAAUUGAACUAGGCAAGCUUAGCUAAUGUACAAAGUAGUUGUGGUUUCACAUGUUUCAAGUAGAUCUGACUAUCUUUGGCUCUCAAUAUAUCUUUAAUUCUUAAUGUGAUAA